UUUUAAGCGUGGAUAAGUCUUAAAGUCGUACUGCUAAAGUUAACUUACUGUAUUCCAGCCAAUAUUUGGUUUGUUUGUUUUUAAAUUAUAGGAAAAGUCAGGGAUUACGGGGAAUUCUAUUUUAUGGUACUAGAAGAGAGGGGGGGAAACUUGCAAGCAAAUAUUCGUGUGCUUAUUUGGAAAUUAUUUAUUUAAUCAACCACAUCUCUGCCACAACUAAACAACAUGUCGGUUGCAGGGCAGCAAGUUCCACCAUUUCCUGCUCCACAAGAUCAGGAACUCAAGAAUAUAAUUGACAAACUGGCCAAUUUUGUUGCAAGAAAUGGCUCGAAAUUUGAAGAAAUGACAAAAUCUAAGCAGAAAGACAACCCCAAAUUUUCAUUUCUAUUUGGUGGUGAUUACUUCAAUUAUUAUAAAUGGCGAGUCUCAGUAGAAAUAGCUCAGUGCAAACUUCUCCCUCAACAUUUGCAAUCUCAACCUUAUCAAAAUACCCAAGCAUCUCUUGUUCAGCACGUUCAGCAGUCAAUUCAGUCUGCUCCAUGGCAACAGGCACAACAGGUACAGCAACCUCAGGUUAUCAGUGAUCACCAAGCUCCUCAACAACAACCAUAUCAUUUUCCCACGAAUAACGUCAAUAUUCCUGAAUUCGAAAGUUUCUUGGUGAAAAUCAUGCAAUCCUGCACCAAAGAACACAUUUCUAAUGGAAAAAAUUGGAUAUUCAAGAAUUGUAAGACUGAAGGACAUUUCAAACAGGUUGCAGACUAUUUGCUUUUGAGGGUGACCGGUGCUGGAAUGGGUUUCUUACACAAACUGCAUAUAAUAUAUUUAAUCAAUGACGUGUUGCAUAAUGCUUCACGCAAAACGACGUUGAAUGUUGAAUCACAACUACAGAAAAUCAUAGUUCCCAUAUAUUGUCAUACGCAUAUCGGCGAAACUCAGGAAAAUCAGCAAAGAUGCGAGAAAGUUGUUCGAAUAUGGGAGACGAACGAGUAUUUUAACAGCGCUACUUUGGAGAAAUUAAAAAAUCCAAUGCAAUCUGAUAAGGAAUUAAACGCAUCUCAAGGUCAAGAUGAAGAAGCUCGGCCUGUGAUAGAACGACCCAUGGAGAAGAUAAACCAACAAACCGAAGAGGGAAAUACAAGCGCAAACAAAAUUUCUGAAUCGGAAGAUAUACCUAUGUCUGAAACACAAAUUUCUGACAGCAAUCAAAGCCAGCCGAACACCUUGACGAUGCAACCACUUCCGUCACAGUCUGAGAACAUAAUAUUUCCACAGCAUCCACCCUCAGAGCCGGUGUUUCCACCAGACCCCAAUUUUCCAUUUCCGCCUCCAAAUUUUCAUCAGUUUCCACCCCCUGGUUUUCCGCGUCCACCGUUUAACAGACCACCACCAGGCUUCAAUGGUCAACCUAUGCCCCCAUUUGAUCCUAACUUCCCACGACCACCCCAUAUUUUUCCUCCGAUACCCCCGCAGCGCUUUGAUUACAAUCACGGUUUCGGUGAUCAAGGUCCAGGUGUUCCAGAAUUCCAUCAUGCGCAAGGCGGCGCCCCUGUUGUUGAACAACAGCUACCUCAACCUCAAGCGAUGUAUUAUGAGCUCCCAGCUGGAUUGAUGGUGCCGUUAAUAAACUCUCCAGACGUUGACUAUGAGCCUUUGGACCCCAAAGACAUCAGACUACCUCCUCCCCAACCUCCCAGUGACCGACUGCUUACCGCAGUUGAAGCAUUUUACAGUCCCCCAAGUCACGAGCGACCGCGCAAUAGUGAUGGCUGGGAAGCUGGUGCUCUACACGAGUUUUACAAAACGAAGCUGAAGUUUAUCAAGGAACGAGAAAUACGUGAUAAGGUAGAAAUGGUGAAGGAGAUGGCACAAAAACUCAAAAAACAGGAUGAAAAGGAAGAAGAAGAAGAAAAGCAAAGACCCCGGUCACUUUCAAAAUCACCACCCAAAGCUAAGUCUCCAUCACCUGUUCGACGACGAUCUCGUUCCAGUUCUCCAGCUCGGCGAAAAUCCAGGUCGAGAUCACGAAGCAAAUCUCCACGGAGAAGAAGGCAACCGUCUCGAUCACGGUCAAGGUCGGCACAAAAAUCGAGGUCAAGAUCUGGCUCAAGGUCGAGGUCACGAAGUAGAUCACCCAGACGUAGAAGAUCGCGCUCGCCAAGACGAAGAAGUCCAACUCCACCAAGCUUUGGUGGCCCAUUUCUACAGAAGUCUCUUAACACGAGGAUUGAUGAGAGCAAUGUUGGUCAUCAACUUCUAAAGAAAAUGGGAUGGGAAGGAGCUGGACUGGGCAAGUCAGAACAAGGAAUACAAGAUCCAAUCAAGCAAGGAGAAGUUCGUGAUAAGCAGGACAUGUUUAAGGGUAUAGGAGUUGAUAUCAACGAUCCGUUUGAUCAGUAUCGCAAGAAUAUGAGCUACACAUAUAAUCGCCCACGGAGAGAUCGAGAUAGACGAUAAAAUUGUUGACGAGACUAGAAAAAACCCCAUGGAAUUCAACUGCGAUGACAAAGAAAAAUAUUUACUAACGAAGGUCACCUGCGAUGAGGUAUCGUGUCGACUUGUGAAUAUACGACCGUAUUGCUUUCGCGUGACAGGCUUGCUGUGUAGAAUAAAAUCCACAGCCUUGCGUUCAUUUAUGAGCACAGUGAGGCUAUCGCGACUGCCUGUUUUCUAGGUAGUAGCUAUAAUGAAGGCAAAGUAAGCAAAAUAACAUUUUAUUGUUGUGUUUUAUAACAAGCAAAAGACAACUUGUCUUUUCUGUAAUAUCUGUUGUGCUGAAUGAAAUACUUUUUCACUGUCAAUUAUAUUAAACGACAGAGUUUGAAAUGCUUAUCGACAACUAAA